AUGGUGUCGAAGGCGGAUGCUUUAACACAGAAUCCGAAACCCAAGCCCAAAUUAAAUCGCAAAAGAAACGACGCAUCGUCUGUGGAUUCACCAAGCGGCACUAACGCUAGCGAUGACAGCCCUGCGGUGAACAAGCUACAUCUGGAAUUAUUUCAUCACUUUGUCACCAAUAUGCUGAACAUUCUUGGCUUUGACAAGCUCUCUUUCGACGACUCCGCUAUCGACAUGACCAAAUGCAUUUUGUCUGCCCCUUUCCUGAUGAACCAAGUCCUCGCGUUGUCUGCAUUUCAUUUAAGCGUCGUUCGCCCGGACAGGCAGGAAUUUUACCGACAUCAUGCAGCCCAACUGCAAACACAUGCCCUUUCUGAAUUUAAUGGCGCCAAACUAGACAUAUCCAUCGAUAAUUGCGUCCCGACGUUCCUUUUCUCCUCAUUACUUGCGAUGCACGUCCUUUCUGAUAAGCUUAUAUAUCGCCCUCAGAACUUCGAAGAGUUCCUCGACUACUUUAUUCUAUCCCUGAAGAUGCAUCGGGGUGUGCGUGCGGUUGCCAGUGAAACCUGGCAUCUGCUUUUGCAGACAUCACUCGGCCCGCUACUUGAAAAUGAAGGCAAAAUAUUCGCGCAGGGUAUCUCCAGAAAUGAGUGCUCUGAGCUUAUGUCACUUAUAAAUACCGCCUCAUUUGAGCCAGCGAUCGCUACGACUUACCGAAAGACAGUUGAAGACCUUCAGACAGCUUUUAAUGGAAGCUCAUCCCCUGUAUCAAACUACUCCACAAUUAGCCCUGUUAUGUUUUGGCCAGUGAUUAUCUCGAUGGAGUACAUAGACCUGCUCUCGGAACGUCGACCAGAGGCACUCGCCAUCCUCUCUCAUUUUGGUGCUCUUCUACAUAUUCACCGAGAUAUGUGGACUUUUGGCAACAGUGGGAUUUAUCUGAUCUCAUCUAUCAAGGACUACCUGGGGCCUCAGUGGGAACGAUGGUUGCGCUGGCCAAAUAGUUUCCUUCAGGAGAUGUGA